AUGAUAUCAGAUAUAGUUAGAAAUUACAAAAGGAAGACAAAAAAAGGAAGUUAUGGAGCAGAAGAUUUACAACGGGCUUUAGAUUUAGUAAAAGAUUGUAUGUCUUUGCGUAAAGCUGAAAACAGUUUUGGAGUUUCUAGGAAGACAUUGAGAAGGCAUUUGCAGAGCAAAGUAAGACAAGUUGGGAGCAAUAAAUUAGGAAAUCAUGUGAAUACUUUUUCUAUUGAAAUUGAACAAGAUCUUGUUAAACACAUCCAAAUGAUGGAAAGAGCAUUAUUUGGAUUAACUACGACGGAUAUCCGGCGGCUAGCGUUUGAUAUGGCCGAGCGACUUCACUUGAAGCAUUCAUUUAAUACUUCCUCCAGGCAAGCUGGCAAGGACUGGCUUAUUGGUUUUUUGAAACGUCAUCUAGAAUUAACAAUUAGAGUUCCAGAGGCAACUAGUAUGAAUCGAGCAGUUGGAUUUAAUCGACCAAAAGUAGACCAGUUCUUUACCGUUUACGAAGAUAUACUUACAAAGAAUGCGUACGGACCUCAGUCAAUAUGGAAUAUGGAUGAAACUGGCAUCACAAAUGUCCAAAAGCCAGGAAAAGUGCUUGCCACAAAAGGUGUUAGACAAGUCGGUAAAAUAACUAGUGCGGAAAGAGGCACAACUGUUACAGUUAUAUGUGCAAUGAAUGCGAGUGGAUCAUACAUUCCUCCGAUGCUAAUUUUUCCUCGAAAAAGACUCAUAGAUCAAUUAAUGAAAGGUGCUUCUCUUGGCAGCAUUGGUGGAGCAAGUGCAUCUGGUUGGACAGAUUCGACUUUAUUUCUUAAAUGGCUGGAGCACUUUGCUCUUCAUACAUCAGCAAGUAUUUCAAAUCCCAAACUUCUAAUUGUAGACGGGCAUCACAGCCAUAAGACUCUUGAAGCAAUUGAUUUUUGUCGCGAUCAUGGGAUUGCAAUGAUAACGUUACCACCACACUGCACACAUAAAAUGCAACCACUGGAUCGAACUUUCUUUAAGCCAUUAAAAUGCAGCUACAACUCCGCAGCAGAUAGCUGGAUGCGCACUUAUCCAGGCAAGCGAAUAACUCUGUAUGACAUGGCAGAAAUUUUUGCAACAGCCUAUGCAACAGUUGCUGUGGUGGAUAAAGCUGUGAAAGGAUUUGAAGUGUCUGGCAUUUUCCCAUUCAACAAAGCCAUCUUUACAGAUGAGGAUUUUAUAUCUGCACAAUUAACUGAUGAGCCAGAACCUGUGAUCACACUUGCAGUAUUGGACGACAGUGCUAGAAACGAAACAAGUGAACCUAUGAAUACAAAUAAAUAA